AUGGAAGACUCGAAUGGGUCUCCGACAGCCUGCGAUGCCAAAGCUCCGAACUCAAAACCAGUGAUAACCGAGCAAUCGGAAUCUUCCGGAGUCUCAAAUGGUGAUGUUGACUGGCUAUUUCGUGGAAAGGAGAGUAAAAAACUGGCGAGGAAAACUGAUAGGGUAUUGACGGCAAGGGUACCCUCGCUCUCCAAAGAUGUCAUCAAUGAACAGACUACUAGACGGCGUUCGUCUGAGGAACCUGAAAGGGCCAAACUAUCGAUAACUACCUCAAUUGACGAUCUACAGGACGGCUUGCCUCAGAGGCGGCGCUCCACAGGAAAUGCUCUAGUGGGUGAUAAAACUGUCCCGGAUGACCCAAGGAAGGCUUCUGUUGUACAAGCAAAGGCUCCUGUCUCGGUCUUAAAGAAUAGUGGCCGAAGUCGGUCGGUUUCCGACCCAGCUGUCCCUGUGGAGAGUUUUAGAAAAAUGGCUUUCAAAGAGAUGAACUCGCCUUCUACAUCCGCGCCUGUGGAGGGUCUGGGGACUUCGCCUGGCUCUGCAUCGAAGAAAUCGUUUCUUUCAUCAAUCUCCUCAAAAUUCUCGUCGAAAAAUGUGCCUGCUGUGCCACAAGUCGGUCUUUCGCCGACACAGUCUUCGCUUGGCGCUAGUCCUGUUGAGAAAAAAGGUUUGUUCGGUAUGAGGAAUAAAGCACCGAGCGAUAUCAAGAGGGAAGGUUCUGUGAAAAGGACUUCGUCAGAAGUGAGGCGUGUUUCUGUGGCUGCACCUACGGUUGCACCUGUGAAGGAAGAUCCCUUGAAGAAAACGGUGUUGAAACGAGUAACUUUUUCUCUUGACAAGCUUCAAGAUGACCCCCAGCAGCAAAUCCCAUCUAGAAGACCUCGCAAGGGAAAUGUGCUGAUACCAGAAGAUUUGACUGCUGAACCUGCUCGGUUGACCAUAGGAAUCACAGACUCAAACAACAACGACGCUGCAGCAAAGAAGCCAAUGAUCGACGAGAAAGAGCUUGCACUUGCCUUGGAUACACAGAGACAGGCCUUAAUUGAGGCACAGCACCAUGCUCAGGAAGCGCAUCUGGCUGCUCAGAGAGUUGCCAAGGAAGUGGCUGCUUUCAAGAAAAAAUCAUAUGGCGCCCAGUCCGUUGCUGAUGAAGCUGAAGACGAAAGUCUGUACUCGCAUUCUCAGAAUGUGGAGAUUGACAAGCCUUUGCAUGAGCAUAUCGAUUACUUUGAAGUUGACGGCGAAGAGCCCGUUCGUCAUGGCAGAGAAUCUGGGUAUGAGGACGGCGAAGAUGAAGACGAAAGAGAGAUUCCGUUGGAUGUUGUAUAUACCCGUUGUUGCCAUCUUCGUGAGAUCCUGCCUAUUCCUGCUACGUUAAAGCAGCUAAAGGGUAAAUCAAGACCGCUGCAAAUUUUGAAGCUGCUAAACCCAAAACCCACUCUGAUUGAUGUAUUGUCUUUUGCGGACUUUUUGGCAAUUACCCCAAUUGCUAUAGUCAUCUUUGACAAUGUCACGAUGAACAAUGAGAUGCUAAAGGUGUUCUUGACUAGUCUAGUGAACUCAAAAGGUCUGGAGAAACUUUCGCUGCGGAACGUUGCCAUGGAUUCGGAAGGCUGGCUCUACCUGUGCAAGUUUCUCACUCUCAACAAGUCACUGAGUAAGCUGGAUAUAUCGCAACAAAAAGUCAAAUCAGACACACCCAGAAGCCAUAUUAGAUCCCAGAUGAACUGGGAUUUGUUCACAGAAUGUGUUGCAAAAAGAGGUGGUUUGGUUGAGCUGGUGAUCAAUGGUUGCAAGUUGACUGACGAACAGUUCUCCAAACUGAUCAGAAGAGGUGUUAUGAUCAACACGUUGAGACUUGGAGUUGCAGCAACCAACCUUAGCGUUGGAAAGUCUGCUACUUUGGCUUCGUGGGUUACGGAUCCCAAAUCAAGCUGUGUUGGGUUGGACAUCGCUUUCAACGAUCUUAGUGAAGGUCAAUUGAGACCAUGUAUUACGCAGUUUGCCACGAAUUAUCCACCCAAGCUCAUGUUCUUUUCGAUCAAUUCUACAAAUGUCAAAUUGGAUGAUUGUGUUGAUCUAAUCAAGACUUUGUCGAAACUACCAAACAUCCGGUUCUUAGAUUUGAGCAACAACCCUCAUCUUUUUCCAAAGAUCAUUCCUGUUCUGACCGAGUAUCUCCCCAAGUUUGCGGACUUGAGAAGAAUUCAUCUUGAGUUCAGCAACCUCACGAGUCCUCAGAUUGUCGCCAUUGCCAGUAUUCUGUCGAAAUGCAAGCAACUUAUUCAUGUUUCGCUAUUGGGCAAUCAGAACAUUGGUGUUUCUGCUGCGCUAUCAUUAUACUCGAUGGUCAAAGCUUCAAACGUCUAUGUUCUGGAUGUUGAUUUCGACUUGAUAUCCGACGUGGUCAGUUCUAAGAUUGCCUUCUAUCUCAUGAGAAACAUGGAACGCAAUUUGAACAACGAUCUAACUCAUGACAACGACGAUGAGGAUCUUAUAUUUGACGGUUCUAUUCUGACUCAGACUGCUGAGAAGAUACUUGAGGCCAAGUACAAUUCGGCUGACAGUAAUUCGGACGACGACGUAUCGAAGCAGAUAAUCUCGAAGGCUCUGAUCGAAAGAACGACGAGACUGCGUAAGGAGAUACACAAAACCAUGGACAAGUUUUUCGAACAAAGAAGGCAGGGAACGCUUUCUCUACAAGGCAAAGAGACACUUUUACGUUUCUGUCUCCUUGACAGUUCCCUAGAGAAGGUUGUACAGAUUUUUGAAGAGGCUGAUGAUCAUGAAACUGCCAGCCCUGCGCCGGCAACACAACUCAAGCUGCCAAUGCUGCCUCUCGAUCUUCAUAUGCAUAGAGGCUCCAGUGAUAUGAUGAUGACUGGACCUAUAGUUUCUCCAAACUUGAAGAUUAUCGAUGAAUCCACAUAUUUUGCACCACAAGCUCACGGUGCAACUGCUGUCAAUUCUGAGCAGCCACACCAGGUUGUGGUAGAAAAUAGCGUUGAUGGUAAGACUAGAGCUGUUGAUGAGUACACAGGUAAGCCUGUUCUAUUCAGAAAGCUUUCGCAGACUUCAAUCCAUGCCAAGGCCCAAGAGGAAGAGGAAGGUGAAUUUCACAGAUGGGGUUUCUUUGUGCAGCAACAAGAUCCAUUCAUGACUCCUCAACUGAACAUUUUACCUUCCGGUCCGGAGUUGAGAGAAGCCGUUAUCAAGGCGAAAGGUAUAGAAAGUGUCUCGGACCUGAUCGGCAAGAUCGACCAAAAACGGGACCCUGUGGGGCAAGACUCUGUGCAUUGGGAUGCUACAUCAAAAGAUCAAGUUCAGUCAGAAGAACCACAAUCACCUGUCUCAAUUGGAUCUGACGAUGAAGGUGAUGCAGGGGCAUAUAAACACGAAAGGGCUGUUGAUGAGGUCUACGAGAAGCUACUUGACGAUGUGGUUAGAGUCAGGUCUAAUUCGAUGAAAAAGUGA